AUGUUCCCGGCAUUGGAAAGAGAGCUAAAACAGAAGACUCUUCCUGACCCCUAUGAGAAUCUUAUGCGCCAUCACCUCCAGUACUACGGAUACUUUAAAGCUCAGAAGAACAAUCCACCAAAUUCUGCUCCUACUCAGCAUGUUUGGAGGAAUAGCCCUCAGUACAUGUUGAAUGGCUCUUUUGGAGAAAGAGAUGAUUUUCUCUUGGACACCUUGGGAAAAGAGACAUUACUGUGGCCUACGUGUUUAUCUUCAACUGGGCAUGCUCAGAUAGAUGCUGUAAGCAGAGAUUCACCGACACUGAGCUCCCCACUUCUUAGGAGCAGGCAGCUUAUUUAUGAUGAACCGGAUGAAGCAAACCCACAUCAUCCAGAUCCCGAAGAGCUCUUCUCAUUUUUCUCUAGCCGAGGGCCACUGCAGGCUCCAAGAUGGCCAAUAGAGUGUGAGGUCAUCAAGGAGGAUGUCCACCACAUUGAGUGGGUUCCACCUCAACCAGAAUAUUUCUAUCAACCUACCGGAAAUGAGAAGGUACCUGAGAUUGUAGGAGAAGAGCAAGGCGCAGUCGUGUACCAAUUAGAUUCAGCGCCCACAGAAGGUACCUAUUUCACCAAUUCCAGAAUAGGAGGCAAACGAGGGAUUAUCAAGGAACGUGCCGUUACAUUGCAAGGGCCGGAAGAUGAUACUCUGUUGUUUGAGUCCAGGUUUGAGAGUGGGAAUCUGCAGAAAGCUGUCAGAGUAGGUGUCUAUGAGUAUGAGCUCACCUUGCGAACGGACCUCUACACAGACAAGCACACCCAGUGGUUUUAUUUUCGAGUUCGGAACACCAGAAGAGAUGUCACCUAUCGCUUCACAAUUGUCAAUUUGCUGAAGCCCAGGAGCCUUUACGAGGCAGGGAUGAAACCUCUCAUGUACUCGCAGUUGGAUGCCACCACCUACAACAUUGGCUGGAGGAGAGAAGGGCAGGAAAUCAGGUACUACAAGAGCAACAUGGACGAUGGGCUGCAGCCCCUGUACUGUCUCACCUGGACCAUUCAGUUUCCUCAUGACCAGGACACUUGCUUCUUUGCUCACUUCUACCCAUACACUUACACAGACUUAAAAUGCUAUCUCCUGUCCGUAGUAAACAACCCCAUCCAGUCUCAGUUCUGCAAGCUCCAGGCUUUGUGCAGGAGCCUGGCAGGGAACCCCGUCUACUUGCUUACCAUCACCAAUCCGUCCAGGACCCCUCAGGAAGCAGCUGCAAAGAAGGCCGUGGUGCUGAGCGCCAGAGUCCACCCUGGAGAAAGUAACAGCUCCUGGAUCAUGACGGGCUUUCUGGACUUCAUCCUCAGUGACAACCCAGAUGCCCAGCUCCUCAGGGACAUCUUCGUCUUCAAGGCGAUCCCCAUGUUAAACCCAGACGGCGUGAUUGUAGGGAACUGCCGGUGUUCGUUGGCUGGAAGGGACUUGAACAGGAAUUACAAUACUGUUCUGAAGGAUUCCUUCCCUUGCAUUUGGCACACCAAGAACAUGGUCAAAAGACUUCUGGAAGAAAGAGAGGUUCUCAUGUAUUGUGAUUUCCAUGGGCACAGCCACAAGAACAAUAUGUUCCUCUACGGCUGUAACAGCAACAACUGGAAGCACUGGCUUCAUGAACGGGUCUUUCCUUUAAUGUUAAGCAAAAAUGCACCAGAUAAGUUCUCUUUCAACAGCUGUAACUUUAAGGUCCAGAAGUGCAAAGAAGGAACAGGAAGAGUCGUGAUGUGGCGCAUGGGCAUCAUAAACAGCUACACCAUAGAGUCCACCUUUGGCGGGUCCACCCUGGGCAGUAAAAGAGACACCCACUUUACCAUUGAGGACCUGAAGUCCCUAGGUUAUCAUGUGUGUGACACUAUUCUGGAUUUCUGUGAUCCUGACCAAACCAAGUACACCCAGUGUCUGCAGGAGCUUAAGGAGCUCUUUCAACAAGAACUCCACAAAACAUUCAAUAGCCUUGGAGGUUUUGAAGGAAACUGGAGUGACAUUCCUUUGUCUGACAUUGAAUCCAGCACAAGUGGCUCCGACAGCUCCCUCUCAGAUGGUCUUCCUGUUCGUCUACUGAGUGUAGCGGAUGAGUUGAAUCAUAAGACAGCAUUGAAGAAGCUGAAAAAGAAGAGACUUCAGACUAGGAAAGAGCGAAAUGAGCAGUGCCAGAAGAAUUUCUUGAUGCAGGAGCUAAACUUAACAGAAGACGCCCCAGUGAAGCAAGAUUUCGCAUCUACUCUGCAAAAGCAGCCUACUUUUUUGAAAAAUCCAGAGAAUUCUAGUUCUUCAAUAAUGAGAAAUGAAAAGUCAAGGAUCGAUGACUUUUUUUGA